UCCUCCCAUUAUCCACAGAUGCAAUGGUAAAGAUGUCCUGUGGGCUUUUCUGAAGGACAAGUUAGCUGAGCGCCAAGCCUGAGAAUGCCGGGGCUGAGAGCACCCUCGGAUUAUUCCGGAGAACCAGCUCGACACCCAUGCCUUCGUGUUAACUCCAAGGAACCAUUCAAUGCUGAGCCACCGCGUUCUUUGUUGAUUUCCUCAUAUUUAACUCCUGCAGAUUUCUUUUACAAGAGAAAUCAUGGCCCUGUACCAAUUGUUGAUGACAUCGAAAGAUACUGCAUCUCAAUUUCUGGUUUACUAGAAAAGCCCAAACAGCUUCGGAUGAAGGAUAUCAGGAUGCUUCCAAAGUAUAAUGUCACUGCCACACUGCAGUGUGCAGGUAAUAGAAGGACUGCUAUGAGCAAGACCAAAGCGGUCAAAGGAGUUGGUUGGGAUGUUUCUGCCAUUGGAAAUGCUGUUUGGGGUGGUGCUAAAUUGGCUGAUGUGCUUGGACUUGUUGGAAUACCGAAGUUGACAAGUAUCACUCAAUUUGGUGGAAAACAUGUAGAAUUUGUUAGCAUUGACAAGUGUAAGGAGGCAAAUGGAGGCCCUUACAAGGUAUCAAUUCCACUAGAUCAGGCCACAAAUCCUGAUGCAGAUGUUCUUCUCGCUUAUGAGAUGAAUGGAGAACCUCUCAGUAGGGAUCAUGGGUAUCCAUUACGUGUGGUUGUUCCCGGUGUUAUUGGAGCUCGCUCUGUUAAGUGGCUUGAUUCCAUCAAUAUCAUUGCAGAAGAAAGUCAGGGUUUCUUCAUGCAAAAGGACUACAAAAUGUUCCCUCCCUCAGUGAACUGGGAAAACAUUAACUGGUCAACCAGGAGACCCCAAAUGGAUUUUCCUGUCCAGUGUGUUAUAUGUUCUCUGGAAGAUGUGAGCACAGUAAAGCCUGGGAAGGUAAAAAUUAGCGGAUAUGCAGUAUCUGGGGGUGGCAGAGGCAUAGAGAGAGUAGAUAUAUCUGUUGAUGGAGGCAGAACUUGGCUGGAAGCUUCAAGAUUUCAGAGAAGUGGCAUUCCCUACGUAGCAGAUGAUGCUAACAAUGACAAAUGGGCAUGGGUGCUGUUUGAGGUCACAGCUGAUAUUCUUCGUAGCACUGAAAUUAUUGCAAAAGCGGUAGAUUCAGCUUCAAAUGUGCAACCUCAAAAAGUAGAAGACAUUUGGAACUUGAGAGGGAUAUUAAACACUUCAUGGCAUCGGAUUCAAGUCCAAGCAGGUCACUCAAACUUGUAAAAGUUUCGCGGCUUUUGUGUGUGUUGCCAUGAACCAGCACUCCAUAUUCAACUGUUUAUGUUUCUCAUCCCGUAUGACAUGUGUAGCAAAGAGAGUUCUUGGUCAAGGAACUUCUGAGGCUCUGAAUAAGAUUAAACAUUAACUUGGAUAAUGUAUAAUUCAUUUGUUAUGGCCCAGAAUCUUCUUAUCCAAUAGACAUAAAUUAGCUGUCAGUAUGAUGACUAA